UUGCUUCAGAUUUGUUGGCACCAACCACUCCCCUCGUCCACUCGUAGCAGCAGCAAGCGAAGCAAUGGAGCUCCGCGAGCUCGGCAGCACGGGUCUGCGCGUCAGCCCCGUCGGCUUCGGCGCCUCCCCGCUCGGCAACGUCUUCGGCGACGUUCCCCGCGACGUCGCCCGCGCCACCGUCCGCCGCGCCCUCGACCUCGGCAUCAACUUCUUCGACACAUCCCCGUACUACGGCGGCACGGUGUCGGAGUCUGUGCUCGGGGAUUGCCUCCGCUUCUCGGGCGCCCCGCGGGACAGCUUCGUGGUCGCCACCAAGUGCGGCCGCUACAAGGAGGGCUUCGACUUCAGCGCCGCCCGCGUCACGCGCAGCAUCGACGAGAGCCUCGCGCGCCUCGGCCUCGAUCACGUCGACAUCCUCCACUGCCACGACAUCGAGUUCACCAACCUAGAUCAGAUUGUGAACGAGACGAUUCCGGCGCUCCAGAAGAUCAAGGAGAGUGGGAAGGCGCGGUUCAUUGGAAUCACUGGGUUGCCGUUGAGCAUCUUCACUUACGUGCUCGACCGUGUACCGCCUGGCUCUGUAGAUCUGAUUCUGUCCUACUGCCAUUACGGGAUGAAUGAUACUGCCUUGGUGGAUUUGCUCCCGUACUUAAAGAGCAAAGGUGUUGGGGUCAUCAGUGCUUCACCCCUUGCAAUGGGGCUUCUCACGGACAAUGGGCCGCCCGAGUGGCACCCUGCACCAGAAGAACUCAAGUUGGCAUGCAGGGUAGCAGCAGAUCACUGUAGAAAGAAUGGAAAAAGUAUUACAAAGCUAGCUUUGAAAUACAGUUUGAUGAAUAAUGAGAUUUCCACAGUUCUUGUUGGGAUGAUCUCUCCAGAACAGGUGGAGGAGAAUGUAGCUGCUGCAACAGAGUUGUCAACUUCAGGCAUAGAUGAGGAACUUUUGCAUGAAGUUGAAGCAAUUUUAAAGCCUGUAAAGAACUUGACCUGGCCCAGCGGUAUUCAGCAAGCCUAGUGUCCAGAGUCACACAUUAGCUUGGCCAGACGAAAUGCAUCGAGACUAAUGUAUUUGCUAUUAGUUGAUUUACUCGAGCAGUCGACUCUAUUCAUCUGCAGCCUUUGUUGGUAUCCAAUGCAACCAACAGAAGGCCAGUGCUUUGAGUUUAUUCCUCAGAGCCAAACAUUAACAAUAAAAGGCCAAUUUGGAUCAUUGAGUAAAUUGCCCAAACAUGCCUUGGUAUGCUGAUGAAAUUGUUUUUGAACAAUUGCCAGCUAAAGUAAAGCAAAAGGCACAGCAA